ACGUCUUAAGCCAAUGACACACUGGAAGCCCCAGAGUUUAUGGUCAGUGUUUAUGAUCAGAGAAAUUGAGUGGAAAACAGUUGAGAACGUUCCUGUAAGACCUAGACGUUUUGACCACAGUAUCUGCAGGAGAAGCCGUGCUGGUCAUGGACAGAGGUGUCAGAGGUCGGACGUGCAGGUGGAAAGAGCCCCUUCUGUCAAAGUAGUGCUGACGGGGGAGGAAGAUGUCAGCGUUGUGCCUGAUCAGCUUUCUAGCAGGAGAGCGACCAUGGAGGUGGUGCCAGCUGAGGUGAAUAGCUUGCUUCCAGAGGAGAUAAUGGACACUGGUAUAACUUUAGUGGAUGAUGAUAGUAUUGAGGCUGUUAUUGUUUCAUCCCCACUUCCCAUGGAGACAGAACUGGAAGAAAUUGUCAACAUAAAUUCUACUGGUGACUCUGCAGCCACGCCCAUUUCCACGGAGCCAAUCACAGUGUACAGUAACCACACUAGCCAAGUGGCAGUGAAUUCCACAGUUACUAAAGCAGAUUCUAAUACCACAGUGAAACCAGCGUUUCCAAGUGGCCUUCAAAAACUUGGUGCUCAGACUCCUGUGACUAUAUCAGCCAAUCAGAUUAUUUUAAACAAAGUAUCACAGACAUCUGAUCUUAAACUUGGCAAUCAGACCCUUAAACCAGAUGGACAGAAGUUAAUUUUAACAACUUUGGGCAAGUCUGGUUCACCAAUUGUUUUAGCACUACCCCAUAGCCAACCCCAGGCUCAGAAAGUUACAACUCAGGCCCAGUCAGGAGAUGCUAAGCUACCACCGCAGCAAAUUAAAGUAGUUACCAUUGGAGGGAGGCCAGAGGUGAAACCUGUCAUUGGUGUCUCAGCAUUGACCCCAGGAAGUCAACUGAUUAAUACUACAACUCAGCCCUCUGUGUUACAGACCCAACAGUUAAAAACAGUACAGAUCGCUAAGAAGCCUCGAACACCAACCUCUGGCCCAGUAAUCACGAAGCUGAUCUUUGCAAAACCAAUUAAUAGUAAAGCAGUUACAGGACAGACAACUCAAGUAUCACCACCAGUCAUUGCAGGUAGGGUUCUUUCACAGUCUACUCCUGGGACUCCAUCCAAGACCAUAACAAUAUCUGAAAGUGGUGUUAUUGGAUCGACUUUAAAUUCUACAACACAGACACCAAAUAAAAUAGCCAUCUCACCUUUGAAAUCGCCAAAUAAGGCGGUGAAAUCAGCUGUGCAGGCCAUCGCUGUUGGAGGCGUGAGCACAUCUCAGUUUAAGACAAUUAUUCCUUUGGCGACUGCUCCCAACGUCCAGCAGAUUCAAGUGCCUGGAAGCAAGUUUCACUAUGUCCGACUUGUUACUGCCACAACAGCCAGUAGUUCAGCCCAGCCAGUUAGUCAGAAUCCUAGUACAAACACUCAGCCUCUUCAGCAAGCAAAGCCCGUGGGGGUGAGCGCCACCCCGGUGCGGAUGUCCGUCCCCCUUGUCUCGGCGCAGGCGGUCAAGCAGGUUGUUCCCAAACCAAUCAAUCCAACUUCCCAAAUAGUUACCACCAGCCAGCCACAGCAGCGGCUCAUCAUGCCUGCUACCCCACUGCCACAAAUCCAGCCAAACCUCACUAACCUGCCACCAGGUACUGUGCUGGCACCGGCUCCGGGAACAGGGAAUGUGGGCUAUGCAGUGCUUCCAGCUCAGUACGUGACUCAGCUGCAGCAGUCUUCGUACGUGUCUAUAGCAAGCAGCUCUAACUUUACUGGGACACCUGCUAUCCAGAGCCAGGCAAGGCUUCCGUUCAAUGGCAUAAUCCCAUCAGAGUCUGCCAGUCGGCCCAGAAAGCCCUGUAAUUGUACAAAGUCGCUGUGUUUGAAAUUGUAUUGUGACUGUUUUGCAAAUGGUGAAUUUUGCAACAACUGCAAUUGUACUAAUUGUUAUAAUAACUUGGAACAUGAAAAUGAAAGGCAAAAAGCAAUAAAGGCAUGUCUUGACAGAAAUCCAGAAGCUUUUAAGCCUAAGAUAGGGAAAGGGAAGGAGGGAGAGUCGGACCGACGGCACAGCAAAGGGUGCAACUGCAAACGAUCCGGGUGUCUGAAAAACUACUGCGAGUGCUAUGAGGCAAAAAUUAUGUGUUCCUCCAUAUGCAAAUGCAUUGGCUGUAAGAAUUUUGAAGAAAGCCCCGAAAGAAAGACACUGAUGCACUUGGCAGAUGCAGCCGAAGUAAGGGUACAGCAGCAGACAGCAGCGAAGACCAAGUUAUCGUCUCAGAUUUCGGACUUGCUUACCAGGCCGACGCCGGCUUUGAACAGCGGAGGAGGAAAAUUGCCGUUUACAUUUGUAACCAAGGAGGUGGCGGAAGCCACGUGUAACUGCCUUCUCGCCCAGGCAGAGCAGGCGGACAAGAAGGGAGAAUCGAAGGCAGCAGCCGAACGGAUGAUACUCGAGGAGUUCGGACGAUGUCUCAUGAGCGUCAUCAACUCUGCAGGAAAAGCAAAGCGGGACCCUUGUGCCAUGAAUUGCUAACUCCUGCACAAAGGACUGACUGAUGGAGGGACUGUGCAGAGCACUGGAGGUGCAGGGACACGGGGUUUUCUGGAAGCUAGUCCAACAAUUAUUGUAUUGGCAAUUCAGUCCUCGUGAGACCUGAAAUUAUAAUAUUGAAAGAGAAGAAAUUUUUUUAAAUGAGGAAAUUAGUACAUUUUAAGUCUAAGUUAAAUCUGCUUAUUUCCCUUCUAAAUUGAGUUUCUCUUUAUUGUAUUAUAUAGAUUUUUAAUUGGCUUGGAAUUCUUAAGAACUAGGUGUUCUGUCCUUCUGCUUCUAUUGACAAAUAACAUUUAUAAAUUACUAUAAUUUAUAAUGUAUGGUGUUGUAUGCCUUUGUUCCAGGAGAAAAGGCCAAAGAAGCCUUGGUAUUUACCCAGUCAUUCUUUGGUGCUAGAUCUACAAUAUAAGCAGAUAGACUAUCUCCACUAACAAACUCUCAUGGCCUUUUGUGUUUAGAAAAGCACUGUCUUUUUAGGAAAAAUCAACUUUUUAGGGUGGAUUCUGGAAUAAUAUCCUGUUGUCACUUUAGGAAUGGUCCGAUGGGGAAGUAAUCCAUGGGCACACUUUUAAAAUAAAAAAGUUAUGUUUGUUUGUUUUUUUUUUUUAAAAAAAAACAUACAGUGUUAAGGGACAGUAAGUAAUUCUCAAAGGCAGACAGUUUGUUUCUAUAUAAGGAGUGACGAAGAAAUGCUUGGGGUAUUUCCAUUUUCUUUCAAGGAGGCGGUAUGUAUUCAGAAUAAUAAAUUGUCAGUGGUUACGGGGUACUAUUAAAAUGAGCCUUGCAUAUGAAUAGAAGUAAACCUAUUAUGUAGUGAUAACAGAACCUUACCUAGUUAUCGGGUAAAGAUUUGGCUUGGAUGGAGAAAUCAAUACUGAAGGUCUAAGAGAUGAAUUUAGAGGAUUUUUCAUCUAUAAAAACAGCUCUCCUUAUAGACUUUUGAACUAAGAGGUUUCAAACCAACGUUAUGACUCUUACUGGAUUUACUGAAAUGGGCCUCCUAAUUAACAAAGCUCUCAGAAUUGUAGUGGGAUUUCUUUUUUACGGGAAGCUUAAUAUGGCGUUAUUUUUAGCCAGUGAUUUGGUAAGCUAAUGGUAUGAGUUUCUCUUAUAAUUACUAAGAUAACCGAAAUCAUUUUCAGCAGUUCAGAAUUCAGAAGCUUUAUGAAUUUAAGAGCCUGUUAUAAUAGGACUCUGGAUUUUAUGAUGGGAAAAAACCAUGUUGGAAUUCAGGCAUUUUGUUAGGUACCUUGAUCCCCAGUAAUUAUUAGUAUAUGAUUAUUACAUUUCCUACAAGGAAUCUAUAGUUGUAUGUAUUAAGUGUGUAUAUAUGUUCAUACGAACAUGCAAGAUAGAGGCAACAGAAACGAAGCAAUCCAAAAGGACCUUCCUUUGCAGCCUGGAUUUAUAAAAUGACAGUGCAGUAACUUUAAAUGUAGAUAUAGUGCAGACAUUCUCAGCACCUCGAUCUAGUGCGCUUAAUUAAACUUUGUAUAAAUGUAAAUUAGUGUAAGAGGACAAAAUAAUAUCUAAUCAAGUUAUUUUUCAAAAGAUUACAAUACCUUUCUGGUCUAAACCUAAACUUUGUUCAUUUUGUACAUACUCUGUGUUUAAUUCUAAUUGCACCUUUGUGAUGUGUAUUUAUAUACAGUGUGCAUAAAAUGUUUGUGAAAUUUGGAUUACAAUUGUAGAUUAUGUAUGACAGCCUUGCUUGAAAAUGUUUUGCUUGUAAAAAUUUGAAGGUGCAAUCAAAUGCUACUAGUUUUUCUGAUUUUCAAGAAGCUAUCUAUCUAAAGUAUUAAGCCUUUCCUUCCUGUGUAGUACUUACUAAACUUUUUGUAUGUAGGCAUUUGCAUCAAAUUGCUGAACAAGAUUAAUAUCUGCAUUAAUUCAACAAUUUUAAAAGACUAUUUGGGGGGAGGGUUGGGUAUAUAAUUUUUUUAGCUCUAUUUACAUCCCAAAGUAGAAAGAUUAAAUUUAUAUUUACUAGAGCUAUUCAAAGAAUACACUUUUCUAUAUUGUAAAACAGGACAGCAAAGGAAAUCAUACAGAAAAUAAACAUUUAUACUAUUCUGUAAAAAAAAGUUUUGCAUUUUUUCUUUAAUAACAUCACUUUUAGCCAUUAAGAUGCAAGAAACCUUUUAAAAUGUCUGAUAUUAAGUACAUUUGACAUUGAAAGCGUACAACUGAAAAAUAAACCUGUCCUUUUGCCCACUUCUCAUUAACAUCAAUUGCUUCGAGAUGAGAAGGUCUCUUGUUUCCACUGUCUCUUUCAAGGGCAGAAAGUCAGUCCACUCUUUCUUUUCUCUCCAUUUCUGAUGUUCUCAUGGGGAGCACCUUUCUGAAUUUCCUUUCCUCUCACGGACUGAAAGCAGCGGUCUGAUCUCUGGUCUACGCGGGAACGGAAACCGCAUGUCACACGUAAUGAGCCAAGCAGAGCAGCGACUCUGGGGGAGGGACUCCUGCUCUCGCUUCCAUUUUCUCCUCUUACGUAAAAUGUGAAUAAAGACGCCUUUAGAAGUU